UUUGAGUUGAGGUGAUUGCGGUUUGGUUGCCACCAGUACUUGUCCAUACUGCCUGAAGCCUGAAACUUGAAGAACAAACAUCAGAUCAGACUUGCAAGACAAGACACCACAGGUAAGGUUGGAAAGCUCAGGUAAGCCAGAAUCUCUCUUAAGCUACGGUAUAUAUCAGACAAGUCUAUCAAAGCCAUCCAGCAAGCAAGGUCAACACAAGCCAUGAAGAACAACUGGCAAUUCAAGUCUGCAUCCGCUGCUUCCAGCAUGAUGGACGCCUCCAUGGAUGAUGAUCUGGACCAAGUGGAUCCCACCUUUACCGCCACGGAGAACAAGAUCGGCGCCAUGGACUCUUCGUGGGGUCACAUGAGUGGGAGCGGACAGCACGAAGCCGCCGAAGAGAAAGAGCGGCAAAAAGUCGAUGCCGAAGUCAAGGGUCUGGUCAAGAAGGAAACUCGCAUGGUGCAUACCCUCCGGGUCAUUGUCAUUGUGGUGCUCUUGGUGGCAGCCUUUGUCACGUCUUCCAUUGUGUACAGCACGUUCAAGGACAAGGAGUACGACUCCUUUCUCGAAGAGUACCGGGCUAUUUCCACGCGCAUCAUUGACUUGUUCCGAAACGAUAUCCUUCAGAAACUAUGGGCCGCCAAGAAUCUAGCCAGUACCGUCAGUGGUAUGAUCCAGGCACAACAAGAUGUGGCACCCAACAUUACCAUUCCUGCGUUUGAUGCGAUUGUGCUGUCCGCCAUCAAGCUCGCUCCUGCGGGAACUGUCAAAUGGUCUCCCCUCCUCUAUGAUCAGCAAGACAGGGAUAGCUUUCUAGCCUAUGCUAGCGCAGGUCAUCAUGAUCACAUUGUUGCUGCGGCUGGAACGAACCAAUCGUUGGAUUCGUUGGACCAACAAGACAGUGACGACGAGUCCGAAGACGUCAACAACAACGACGAUGCGGCACGCCGUUUGGCCAGACUACUAACUCCCGAUGAUCAUUACAGUAACUUUUCCUCCCCGGUCUGGCAAGCAUCUCCGUCGUUUGGCAAAGGACACAACGCACUCUUUUACGAUCUCAUGGCGAAUCCCAUCUUUAGCGAUGCCAUCCAGGCCAUGAUCGACACCAAAGGGCCCGUCAUGUCACGGGUCUACGAGCUUGGACCCAUCCAGGAUGACGACUCGGAAGACGGCAGCGAAAGUGAAGACGAGUCCAAGAGUGAAGACGAGGCAUCGUCAUCGGAAGAAGACCACGAAUCAGAGGACGAGGUGGAACAGCAUGAAUCAGAGGAUGACCACGAUGGCCGUCGUCGCUUGGAUAGCAGCUCGGAUUCAGACUCCAGUGACGAUGCUGGCGAUGGAAAAGAACGUGCCAUGACACUCUUCUUCCCCGUGUUUGAGGAUGAUACGCACACCCACAUUGUGGGGUCUGUUUCCUUGGAACUGCUCUGGAGUGACUUCCUCAGUGGCUACUUGCUCGUCGAAGGUGGAGAAGAACUCAACUACGCAGAAGACGUCUUUGAUACCGACGAAGUCGAUGCCAUUCUCGAAAAUACAUGUGGACAAGUCUUUACCACCAGCAUUGACGAGAGCUCCAUCAAGUUUGUGCAGGAAGGAGAUGCCCACGACCCAAACUUUGAUCAUUUGAACUGGGGAACCAACUUUGAAGAGUUCGCCUUUGACUUUCGCAGCUUUCGAGAAGGGUCGGAGGACCACGAUGCAUUCGACCUGGAUGAAGUUGCCUUGUCCGAGCAUGGACAGCAAUGCUUUUACAGUCUCAUCCUGUACCCGAAUCAAGAGCUCAUCGAAGAGCAUCUUACCAACGAGGCCCUUCUGUUCUGCUUUGCCGUUAUCUUUAUCUUCAUGUUCACAUCUUCCCUCUUCAUCAUCUAUGACUGUCUCGUCAGCAGAAGGCAAAGCAUCAUCACCAAACGGGCCAUGAGAACCAAUGCCAUUGUCGCCAGUCUCUUCCCGGCCGGAGUACGAGACAAGCUGAUUGGCGCCGACAUUAAGGUGCCCCAACAAAAGAGUGGACUUCGCUUGCCCCAAUCCGGUAGUGCCAACAAGGCCAAAAAAGCAUCGCCAUUAGAUUCGGACCCCAUUGCGGAUCUUUUCCCCGAGUGUACAUGCAUCUUUGCUGACAUUGCUGGAUUUACAGCUUGGAGUUCGGAAAGAGAGCCUCCACAGGUUUUCAGACUACUUGAACGAACUUUUGCAGACUUUGAUCAAGCCGCCAAACGCCUUGGUGUCUUCAAGGUUGAAACAAUAGGUGAUUGCUACGUCGCGGUGGUCGGGCUACCCACUCCAAGGGAGGACCAUGCGGUUGUGGGGGCUGUUUUUGCACGUUCGAUUGUUCGUCAGAUGAAAAUAUUGCUCAAGGAUCUCGAGAAGACGCUUGGUCCGUCCACAGCUGACUUGGACAUUCGCGUUGGAGUGCACAGUGGGCCCGUGACAGCGGGCGUGUUGCGUGGUGAGAAGUCCAGGUUUCAGCUGUUUGGAGACACAAUGAAUGUAUGCAGCAGAAUGGAAAGCAGCGGAAAGGCUGGAAUGAUCCACGUUUCUGGCACUUGUGCAGAUAAACUCAAGGAAGCUGGCUUUGCUGAGUGGCUCAACUUGCGAGAGGAUACUCCCGAGAUUAAAGGCAAGGGAAUCAUGAAAACUUAUUGGCUGCGUACUCGCGAAGAAGGAACAAGUGCCGGGACCAGUUCCAUUGCUGGUGAUGAGGUUCUGUCUGAUCUAGGGGGUUCCGCCAACGGAUUGACAUUCCCCGGUCCGUCAUCUCACCAUAGAAGCGCAAGAAGCAAAAAGGAAUACUCAGCCAAAAUCAAUCGUCUUGUGGAAUGGAACGUCCAACUUCUAUCGAGCAUUCUUCUGUCGGUAGUGGCAAGAAGAGCCUCGGAAAGAAACAGGGACAACUCAGCUGGACCAGUCGAUGCGAAACUUGCCGAACAUGGCGGUCCAAUGCUUGAUGAAGUGAAAGAAAUACUGGCACUGGCUCAAUUCGAUGCUAAAGCGCACCGCAACCAAGUGAAUCCAGCAUCCAUCACCUUGCCUCCAGAGGUGGUGCUUCAACUGUCUGCCUUCGUUGAAAAGGUUGCUGCCACCUAUCACGACAAUUCUUUCCAUUGCUUCGAACAUGCCGCCCAUGUCACUAUGAGUGUCCAGAAGCUGCUCAGUAGAAUCGUGAGACCGAACGAUCUACUAUCCGAGACUGGGAAGCAAGCCAAGACCGCAGUCCAGCUGCAUGAUCACACGUUCGGCAUCACCUCAGACCCUUUGACGCAAUUCGCCGUGGUCCUAUCGGCCCUGAUCCAUGACGCAGGACAUCCGGGCGUUACCAAUUCUGUCCUCGUCGAAGAAAAGGAUCCAAUGGCACUCAAGUACAAGGACAAGAGCGUUGCGGAACAGAACUCGGUGGACCUGGCCCUUGGGUUGCUAGAUCUGCCAGAAUUCGUCGACUUGAGAAAUUGUAUCUAUACAAACAAGGAUGAAUUCAAUCGAUUCCGAAGCACCAUCAUCAACCUUGUGCUUGCAACUGAUAUUAUGGAUCGGGAGCUUGGGGCCCUGCGCAAGGAACGAUGGUCCAAGGCAUUCAACAAGGAUGCUGUCUCGUUGCUUGACGAGAGUGAUGAUUCUGGUGAAGACAACCACACUGUUGUCAACAGAAAAGCAACUAUCGUCUUGGAACACAUUAUUCAGGCCAGCGACGUGGCUCACACCAUGCAACACUGGCAUGUCUUUCAGAAGUGGAACGAAAAACUAUUCCAUGAGAUGUAUCAAGCCUACCUAGACGGGCGUCUCGAAAAAGAUCCUUCCGACAACUGGUACGAAGGUGAGAUCGGCUUCUUUGACUUCUACAUCAUUCCUCUCGCCAAGAAGUUAGAGACUUGCGGUGUUUUUGGUGUCUCUAGCCACGAGUACCUUUCAUACGCCGAAGCAAAUAGACACGAAUGGGUCAUCAAAGGGCCAGAGAUUGUCAAGGGGUAUUUGGCAAAAUUUGAUGGAGCCAGCUCUGGUCCGAAUAUUGGAACAAGUGUGGAGUGUUGAAGCACCACGAGCCAGCUGUAGUCCCUAGAUUGCUGAUUGGUAGCAAUAGCUGUAGCAAUUGAAUCGAAUCUAUAUUAUGACAGCCACAUGUAAGAAAUAGCACUGCAUAGUCCAGAUU